AUGUCCGCUCAACUUGCUACGGUUAGUGCUUUUAUUAAAGGAGCACCCCCAGGAGAGCUCCCAAAUGUUGUUUCUGACAUAAAAAUUCUCACUAAUAAUGAUCCCAAAAUCAUAUCUGAGCUCGGCCCAGUAUUUCAAAGUUACAAUGAAAAUCAAUUCACGACUGUCAAGUUACCUGAUACUGAUCAAAAUAUAAUCGUCAGCGCUUACAACUCUCUCGGCGAAGGAAGAUACUACGAUGUGAACAGCUGUUUGAGCUUCUCAUUCGAUCAUGAAACCCAGAAACCAAGUGAAGUUCAAAGUUACAUGCUAGAAAGCAAUCAUUCAGAUUUUGUGAAGUCGAUAUCUAAGAAUCUAAGACUAUAUUUGAAUGAGCAUUACAGCAAUGCAUCUUGUGGGGUUUAUCCUACCAACGAAGACUCUGAGAUUGCGAUAUUGAUUGUUGCCAAUCAAUAUAGUCCGAGAAAUUUUUGGAAUGGUCAAUGGAAGUCCCUUUACAUUUAUUCACCAGCCACAUCUUGCUUGAGCGGACAAAUCAAUGUAGAUGUUCAUUAUUACGAAGAUGGAAAUGUCCGCCUUCUCACAUCAAAACCUGUAUCAUUAUCAGUUUCUCAUGAUUCAACUGAAACGGUCUUGAAAGAGAUUAAAGGCUUGGAGAAAAAAUAUCAAGAGGAACUAACUAACGGCUUUCAAAACCUGAGUGAGGGAGCCUUCAGAGGGUUGAGAAGGCAAUUACCGGUAACAAGGCAGAAGGUUGAGUGGGACAAGAUUGCAGGCUAUCGGUUAGGUCAGGAUAUUGGAGGGGGCAGUAUCAAGAAAUAG